CCCGACUCCAUCGAUGGCGGCCUCUCCUCCUGCUGCUACUCCCCCUCUCAUAUUUCCCCUUGCGUCUCCAUCUAGAAUCCACCAGGUUUACAGAGGGAGCGGCGUGAGGAGAGGACGAAGCUUGGAGGAGAACAGGAAGCGACCCCCCGGCGGGUGGAUUUCGGCGGAGGUCAAGGCGAGGCCACACAAAAGAUCGAGGUAAUGCCAUCAAUUCAUGCAUCUCCCUGUCGAUUCGUCUCCUUCCAAGAACGCUUCUCUCCUCGUCGCUCUUCUGUUGUUGCCUACCUACUUGAUGCUAGCUACCUCGCUUCGUGGUUGGUUGGUUGCGUCGUUUGGUUCUUGUUCUUGGCAUCCGCCUUUUGCUGUUUCGUUCAGGGUGUCACUGCCGAGAAUACCAUCGUCGAAUCGUUUUGUUCGUGCCGUCGGCGACCCAUUAGUCGAGUACAAGGAACCGGUGUUCCAGUGGGAGAAAGCAAAUGACGCCUGGAAGCUUUGGGAUUUCGUGCCGCUCGGCUGUAAUAUUAGCAUGAGGGAUAAGGAUCCUGCUGCGACGUUCGAAGCAGAUAAGAGAAGGGCCGAAGAGACCUUGGAGCGAUUGCAACGUCAAGUCGAGCUGGAGUGUGAGAUUCACAGAGCAUAUCCGUUUUUGUCCGAGAAGGCCUUGUUGCCCUUGUGGCAGCUGCUCCCAAGGGGUUCAACGUCUUCACCGAACUCAGAGGAGGAACGAUCGCAAGAAUCAGCACCGGUCCCCCUAGUAGCUGGGUGGCAGCUAUCACCUAUUUUUGGUUCGGAACCGGAGGAGGAACAGCAUCAUCAGUCGGAGAUUCCCUCUCCUAAGCUCCGGGCUUGGCUUGCGGAGUUGCAGCAAAAUGGUCGCUUUAGAUCUAUGCCUAUCGUCGGCUCAAGGAGCAACUCAGUCGGCUAUAAUUCGGAACCGCAGCCUGAGCCUUAUCUUGACUCGGAACCAAGUUUCCAGCAGAUGCCUCACCUGACGUCCGGUGACAAGCACUGCAUGAUAUGGAAAUAUGAGCCUAGCGAUGGGCAGUACCUGGAAUCAAGCUCGGAGCUUCAUGAGUUGAAGCACAAUGCGCCAGUCAUGCAGCAUGGCGAUCAGCAGCAGCCUCUCUACUCGCCAUGCGAUUCCGCGACAGCACGCAGUGAGCAGCGGUGCACGGAAGACUUGAUGCCCACACCAGGAGCUGAGAAGGCUGAGCAGUACAACUUGAGGUACUCGAAGCAAAGGUUCGGCAGCAAGUGGCAACAUGUACCCUGUACAUACGGUCCUGCACCGAGCACGCAGGCAAGCUCCGCGCACUCGAUUCAUGCAGUACUGGACUUGCCCCGCGACGAUCAGCGGCAUUCAGGAAGCUACCAUGGAUCUCUCCGGUGGUUCCAAGCCUGGUGA